AUGAGCUCAGGAACUCAGCACAGAAUAGACGAAAUAAAGGAAGUAUUCAGCGAGAUCAAAGAAAACAUUGGCGAGAGAUCGUCAAAUAAAAUUAGGAAGAACUCCGUUCUGCUGGAAGUAUGUGUGCCUGGAACCUGUGGAUACGACGGGUGCAGUAAGUCAGCAAGAAACAGAGAGUCCGAGCUCCUUGAGAGAAUAAAGGAGUUGGAAUCAGUGAUAGCAAAAUCAAGCAGAGUGACCUAUGACGAUGGAGGAUGUUCGAAUACUGAAAACAUCAAAAUUGCAGUGGAUGAAAAGAACACUGAGAUCCAAAGGAUAAGAGAGGAGCUCGCCAGGAUCAUGUCCGUGAAUGAUGAUCUCCGGAAAGACAAUGCAGAGAUGCAAUCCCAUCUGUAUAAAUACAAGGAAAAGGCAGAAAGGCUGGAGGAGGUUGAAAAGGAGUAUCUGAAAUACAAGGAAGCUGUAUCAAAGCUUAAAGGCGAAAUAAUGGACCUCAAGGGAUCCAUCCGGAUGAUUUGCCGCAUAAGGCCCAACAUGCCCGGUGGAACAGGAUCUCGGAUGGAAAUAUCUGACGAAUCUCUGAGAAUUGAGACGAAUGGAAAAGAGUAUGUUUUUUCAUUCGACAGAGUAUUUGGGCCGGAUGCAACCCAAAGGUGUAUAUAUGGCGAGGUGGAGAUGACCCUCCAUUCUGUAUUAGAAGGAUAUAGGGUUUGUGUGUUUGCAUAUGGACAGACAGGGAGCGGAAAGACAUAUACUAUGGAAGGCAUUGGCGAUGAUCCAGGGCUCAUUAUUCAAGCAGUAAGAGGCAUCUAUCGAACUGUCGGAGAAAUGGAGGCCGCAGGAUGGUGCUUUGAUAAUACAUGCAACUAUGUGGAGAUAUACAACGAGGAAAUAAUAGACCUGCUUUCUGAAGACAUGAGGAAAGUUGCAAUCGUCCAUAAAGGUACAGAUGCUAGCAUAAUGGAUUGCAGCAGCAUACCUAUUCAUGACAUAUCCGGAGCCAUCAGUUCGUUUCAGGAUGGGGCAAGGAAGAAAAGAGUCGGAGAUACCAGCUGUAACUCGAAGUCAAGUAGGAGCCAUGCUGUUUAUAUCCUAAACGUAAGGAUGAGGAACGAGACUUUGAAGCAGCAGAGAGAAGGGGCCAUGGUGCUUAUAGACUUAGCAGGGUCUGAAAGAUUAAACGCUUCAAAGGCAGAGGGAAUCAGACUAAAGGAAACACAGAACAUAAAUAGAAGCCUAUCAGCAUUAGGGGAUGUCUUUAAUUCUAUUCUUAGGAAAGACAGCCACAUUCCGUUUAGGAACUCAAAGCUUACGCAUCUAUUGCAAAGCUUCUUGUCUGGAAACUCUAGAACGAUCAUGCUUGUCAACAUCUCGCCCGCUGCAGACCACUUCAACGAAACGCUGUGCUCGCUGAGGUUCGCAGACAAGGUUGGACGAUGCAAGCUCGGCUCCAUCAGGCGCAAGGUAACAAGCACUAUUUCCGAAUAG